UGGCUUGAGGCUUCUGCAUUCUAGCCGUUGUCCAUGUGGUAUUGAAACACAUAGUUAAUUUAAACAAUUGUGUUUAAUAAAUACUGUCAAAAAUGGCUCUUAAUCUUUCAGUGAAGGUUCACCCAGGGGUUUUAUUUAUUAUUGUCGAUUCUUACGAGCGUCGUGGUGCUGAAGCCAACAGAGUUAUUGGCACACUUCUUGGUACUGUAGAAAAAGGAGUCGUGGAAGUAACCAACUGUUUCUGUGUACCUCAUAAAGAAUAUGAAGACCAAGUUGAUGCUGAGCUUAACUAUGCUAUGGAUCUUUAUGAGCUCAAUCGUAAAGUCAAUACACAAGAAAGCAUUGUUGGUUGGUGGGCAACUGGUAAUGAGGUGACAAAUCAUUCCUUUGUUAUUCAUGAGUAUUAUGCUCGUGAAUGCACGAAUCCUAUUCAUUUGACUGUUGACACAACCCUAGAGGGUACAACUAGAAUGGGAAUCAAAGCUUACGUUAAUGUCAAGCUAGGCGUUCCUGGUGGAAAAACUGGAUCCAUGUUUACCCCAGCUAAAGUACAGAUUCAAUGCUAUGAUCCAGAAGUUGUCGGUCUGCAGUUGUGCAACAAGACUCUUGCCAAAGUACAAGGCUCCAAACAAGGCGCUGGAGUUGUUGAACCUAUGAUGGAUUUGGCUCAGAUUGCUGAAGCUAGCUCAAAGUUAGUUACCAUGCUUGAUAGCGUACUGCAGUACGUAGAUGAUGUUUUAUCUGGAAAACAACAACCUGAUAAUCAGGUUGGAAGAGCUCUCUUGGAUAUGGUAAACUCUGUACCCAAGAUGACUACUGAACAAUUUGACAGCAUGUUCAAUAGUAACAUCAAAGAUUUGCUCAUGGUUGUGGCACUUUCUCAACUCAUUAAGACACAACUUCAGCUUAAUGAAAAACUUACGUUGCUCACAACUUUGUAAAUGUAAAGAAGCAAUUUGAUGAAAAAAUUUGAUGAUCUUUAUAGGAACUUUUUAAUAAAAAUUUUUAAAAAAUUUCUAUUAGA